AGAAUAUAUUAUGCAUCAUGUAUGAUGAGAUAAAGUAUGGGAUACAGUUCCCUUGUUAGUUGUUUCUUUUUCCUUUUUAUUAUCUAUAAUGGGUAUGAUGUGUACGUGUAUGUGAGUAUAUAUAGGUUAAGUCUUACUCUCUUUGCACAACAUCUUUAUGGUCUCACUUUCUCUCCGUCACUCACACAUUUUGUUAUCAUGAAAGACACCAAGAAGAAGAUUCCAUGCAGCAAGAAGCUUGGAGGAUAUUUGAGAGAGCAAAAGGGACGGCUGUACAUCAUCAGAAGAUGCGUGGUCAUGCUCAUUUGUUGGAGUGACUAAACAUUUGCGGCUCCUCUACAUAUACACAUCAGUACUAGACGGCAUAUGUGCUCACAAUAUCUAUUUGUAUUGUACUACUGAUAUAUGAUUGAAGAGAGGGGUUGGAUCUUUGUGGCUAUAAGCGAUGCGAGAUGAGUUCACGAGAUGGAGUUCAAGCAUUCAUUAAUGACAUAUAUCCUGUUAUCUCCGAGGUGUUGCUCGAAUAUAAGAAUAGUUUUUUUUCUUUUUCUUGAAUUAGCUAGCAUGGAAAUGAAUAAUUAAUUAGAUCAUCUUUUUAUAUUAGUGUAUGAUAUAAAGUAAGGAGAGAAAAAUAUGAGCAACAGUUUGUCGACGCUAAUAGGAUACUUUCUAGGGAAAUAUCUUUUUUUCUCGCUGACUCCCCGCCCAGAACCGUGCUUAGAGGCUUUUGAAAAAGGCAUUUACCUAGGGGUCCAAGUUUUGUACAAAUUUCAGGGUUUCUAAUUACAAAAAAAAAAUACUUUUACAUGGUAGUUAACAUAUUUUUUUAGAUAGAUUUUUAUUUUUAUUUGAUUUU